AGCAUGACCCAAACGGAGGAUUUAGAAAAGUCGAUGCUUCGAUCUCAUCUAAGAACAUCCAGAACAGAAAUCGCAAUGGCUGUCCACGACCCUUUUCCGCUGCUGUAUGGCCUGGCGGAUCAUGACAUCAUCUCUGACCAACUCCUCGAGGAAACUCUGGAGAGAAAAAAUAAAGAUGGGAUUCAUAAAGCGGUGUAUUCCCUCCUCACAUGGCUGCUGGAGCAGGACUUGACCAUCCUUCAGGCAUUCUGGAACAAUCUGUCCAAAGAGUACAAUCAGGAGAGUUACCCCAAACUGCAGAACCUCUUCGCUAAUUUACCUAAAGGUCUGAGGUCAGGACGCAGGUCUGUUAAAAGUCCAAAACCUGAGCUGCAGAGUCGGGCUCAUCACAGCAGGAAGAGGGGAAUGGGAGAGAAACAGCUGGUGCUUCCAGCUCAGAAUUAUGGCAAGAAAGUGCUGCAAAUCCGCUCAGGAGGGAAAGGAAAGCCUCUGAGGAAGACAGACAGUGCGGCUCUCUCUCAGCUUUCACUGAGCAAAGGCGUGCAGUCGGUGUCCACAUCAGUCCAGCAUGCUGUCACUCUGUCUGCUGGAGAACUUCCUGUGGAGGAGAUUCUCAUCCAACAAGUCAUCGAGAGUGGAGGAGCCAAGAAGUGCAUCAAGGUCGGGGGAGAGUUUUAUUCCUCCUCUACACUGGAGGAGGGGACUGCAAGUGGUCACAUGACCCAGCUGGGACAAACUCACAGUCACCAGCAGGGGGAGACUCGUGUCCGCCUGAUGGAUGUGUGUAGUGCGUUUUGUGUGCGUGUGCGUGUGUGUGUUCAGGUGGAGCAUAAUGAUGAUGAGUGUGCAGUGUGUAAGGAUGGUGGUGAGCUAAUUUGCUGUGACGGAUGUCCUCGAGCCUUUCACCUCACCUGCCUGGUGCCUCCGCUCACCUCCAUACCCAGUGGCUCGUGGCGCUGUGGAUUUUGUAAUGGCAGCAGAGCGACGGAUGAGAAGACGUAUGCAACACUGCAGUCUCCUCCUCCUCCUCCUCCUCCUCCUCCUCCACCUCCCCUAAUGGAGAGCAGCUCCAACUCCACGGUGGAUUUCUCUUUCUUCUCCUCCUCGACCUCAGUCUCCACACUCACGAGCAGCACCAGCACACAGCCUGCAGCGUUUGAGAACCUGGACCCGGACCCGGUGGGCAUGAGGAAAUGGUGUGGGAUUUGCCACCUGAGCCGAGGAGAACUGAUUGUCUGCCCUGAGUGUCUGCAGAGCUUCCACCCACACUGCAACUUCCCAAAUGGGAGAGCGAGAUGCAGGAUGUGUUCAAGAUCAUGGGUGACAACAGAGACGGAGGCAGCAUCCAAAACUGUGCAGGUACCUCAGUGUUGUACAGAUCAGGGAUCUGCUCAUUGUGAAGAGCAGAACCUUAACAAAGAUGAGCUGGACUCGUACAUGGGGGAGACAUCCAUCGACGGAAUCCUACAGUGGGCUUUCCACAACAUUUCACGCCCUCUCUCUGACUCACAGGGCUACUUCCAGUGACUUCACAUCUCCUAGAACACAAUGAUAUACAACACAGGAAAUACAAGACACACACACACACACACACACACACACACACACACACAGGUCAGCAAUUCUGGAAAAGAUUAAAGGUUCCUCCUUUAUG